AACUUACCCUCAGAAGACGUUAAAGUGGGAUUAUUGCAUAUGCCGUGCAACUUUACUGUUUCAUUGUUCUUUGCUCUGCCUUCAAAAACGCUUGUUUCCCUUCCCAAAUUUUGUAAGUUCCCUAUUGGAGGUUUGGAUCUUGUUUAUCAGCAUUCUUGCAACCAAGAUUUAUCCUUUGGUUGUACCAUGGGCAACCGCCUGACAAAGUACAUGAUCUGUUUCAAGAGCUCUGAGGAGAACACAGAGGUGAACUCAGCAGCAGCCUCUUCGUCCACAGUGUCGUCGUCGACAAAGCUUCCAGAGGAGCUGCACGAGUGCUUUGCGCAUUUUAAGCAAAUCGAAGAUAGAGGCAACAUUGAUGAACUAAUCCAUAUGGCCCAGCAAAUCCUUCAGAGGAUAAAGUCUAAACAACAAAAUAAUCCUGAAAGUGCCACCACAAGCUCUCAACUAUAUCAGGGAACAGAACAAGAAAGCGGCAUAUGGACGUCUAUUACUAAUAAAGGCUCGCAAUUCCUAGGGUUUUUAAAUAAAUUUGGAUCAUCGGAAGCUUUGCAUCAAUCGAUAAAAAUUGCUGCAGAGAUGCUUCAGCAAGGAGGACAAAUAAGUUCGAUUGGGGCAGGGUUGUCAACAAUCGCAUUUGUGUUGUCCAAAUAUGAAAAAAUGCGAGAUAAUCAACCUGAAUGUCUACAAGCGCUGGGAGAUUUGAUUAAUCUUGCUCAGCAUCUUCGAAAUUUGAAGAAAAUGAUUCCAGAGGAGGAGGAAAAAUUUAGGAAAGCCAUUCAGUUCAUUGUUGAAGGCUCAAUUACUUGCCUUCGUCAAUCAGAGGAUAACAAGCUUUUCAGGUUUAUCAAAUCUUCAAUCAAUAAUGAAAAUUUGAUGAGUCUUCGCAAGAGAAUAAAUGAGCUGUAUCCAGAUCUUAUGUUGACCACUAUCAUAGACAUGAGGAAGGACAUACCCAAUUACCUUCCCGUAACAAAUCCCGUCUAUCCAGUGAGAGCAGUUGGGAUUGAGAUGCAAGUGAACGAAAUAUUGGAUAUUCUGAGAAGCACAGAUCAGUUAUCGCUAGCCGUAGUAGUUUAUGGUUUCGGAGGCCUAGGAAAAACCACACUCGCAGAAGCUGUGGUUUCAAAAAUGGAUCUAAAGAAUUAUAAUUACUCUACUAUUGAGAUAUAUCAAGAGCAAGAGAAGAAUGAUCUUACAAGAUCACAACAGCGAAUUUUGAAAGAUUGUUUCCCAAAUUAUAAUGGUGGCAAACCGGUAGUGUUAACAGAUUAUAAAGAUGGUCGAGGUCAUCUUAUGAAGGCUUUUAAAUGUGAAAAAGAAAAACCUAUUUUUCUUUUCAUUGACAAUGCAUUACGGUUAGCAGACUUGAAGAACCUUCUGCCGGAGGAGUUGGAAGACCUUCCUAGAGGUAGCAAGAUUCUGGUAACAACAAGAAUUUUACAAGCUACAGAUAUUUUUGAAGGUCAACCCAACCUUGUGCGCAGACCCUAUCAUCUGCAGCCUCUGCCUGAUGAAGAGGCAUCAAAAAUUUUGUUCAAAAACCAAGAUAAAGCUGCAACCAUAAGAAAAGAAGAUUUAAAUAGAAUCUUAAAGAUUUGUAGUGGAGUACCACUAGCCCUCAAAAUUGUUGGUGCUCAACUACAUAAGCAAAAUUAUCGAGUUGACAGGUGUAGUAACAUUCUGGAAAUUUUGGAAAAGGGGGACACGAUCAAAGAAGAAAAGUUGAGCGAGCGCCUUGUUGAUUUCGUGUAUGGUGAGUUGGAAGUCUACAGUCGGGAAGCCUGGCUUGACAUAUGCUGCUUUUUCAGCAAAUGGAGUCGUCAAGAUGUGGAAUACAUUGUGGGAGCAAUGGCAGUAACAUCUCUUCUUGAAACGGGAUUGAUCAGCUCAACUCUUAAGCGCAAUCAUCCCGCUUGGGAGGAGUUAAUUGUUCAUGAUAUCAUCAAAGCAAAAGGGCAAGCCUUAGCAAAAGGCAAUAGAAUCUUGGAUGUCCAAUCCUUAAGUGAAGCGGUAGACGAACAGAGGCUCCAUCAAAUUAAAGGAGUCUGGCUCUCUGAAGAUGGUAUUGAGGAAAAACACUUAAAGCUAAUGAGAAAAUCAUUAAGAGUUCUGGCAUUUGGAGAAGGAAUGGAAGCGAAUAGAUUAAGUCAGAUGAGAUUUGAAGAAUUGAAGUUUCUUCAGCUAUCCGGUAACAUUGCUCAGUUGGACAAGCUUGAUAAAUUGCGGGUGUUCCAUGGGCCUUUUUUCACUGAAGGUGGAGUUACUCUGUGUAAGCUUCCUAGAAACUUAUCAUCAAUGAAGGUCAUUCACCAAUUCCAUUCCUCUGAAUGCACAAACUCUCAGAUGAGAGGAGCUCCUCCAUGUCCUUCUUUGGAGAAACUAGAUUUCAGUGAGUUGGUUGAGCCGCUCAAGCUACCAGAGGGGUUUAAUCAGUUAGUGGCAUUGAAUAUUUUGAUUCUUGAUGACAAUGAAAAAAUGCGGGAGCUGCCUGAGCAAAUCUGCCAACUGCCUGCUUUAGAGGUACUGAGUAUGAGGAGGUGCUGGCAUUUAAAACGUCUACCAGAAUCCUUCGGACAGCUGACUACUAUAACGUAUUUGGACUUGUCCAAUUGCACAGAGCUCCAAUAUUUGUGUGAUACUUUUGGACAACUCACAAAUUUAAGGGAUUUAAAUUUAUUUGAGUGUCAUAAAUUACAAACUUUGCCCGACAGUUUUGGACAACUCACAGCUCUAGGGGACUUGAAUUUAUCUGCGUGUUAUAAGUUACAGGCUUUGCCUAAGAGCUUUGGACAACUCAGAGCUCUAAGGAACUUAAAUUUAUCGGAUUGUCAUAAAUUAAAAGCUUUACCUGACAGCUUUAGACAACUAACAUCUUUACAAAAUUUUCACUGUUCAAGUGAUUUGAAAAAAUAUACCUAGUAAAGAGCCAAGUAGCCAGGGGCUGCCUUUACAAAGAAAGUAGUAAGAGCAAGCUCUCAUUACAGGGAACAUGUGCCCAUAGAGAUGUUGGGACACUAAUGUUUGAAAGGAUAUUUCAGGAUUGAUAUUGAAUUUAGAAUAUUAUUUCUAUAAAAUGCAGCAGCAUUUAUUUAUUG